AUGGAUAGCUUUGUUUCGAGGAAACGACGUCGACUGUCUAACUCGGGCGAGGAGUCCAGCUUGAACCAGGAGUCCUCACACCCGGAUGAUUCAACUGAUAUCAAGCUAGCAAUACUGCUAUCACUCUUCCCGGAAAUUAAACAGGAUGAGCUUCUGGAUGUUCUUGUCUCGUGUGACGGAUCAGUUGAAACUACAUCUGCCUUGCUCUCCACACAGGCUAUAGCGAGUACACCCUUGACCAAGAAGCGAGCAGCUCCUGCCUCGUCACUCGGCAUGCAAACAUCUCUCUCGUCGCAUGUAUUCACAACAGCCGAAGACGGGACCAUGAAACCAAUCAAUGAAACUGUAAAGAAAAGACGUCCCCCGCCAACCAAGAAGGGUCAGACACUCCACCUUUACUCACCCGAAGACAUUGCAGCCUAUACACCGUGCACAAUAGUCCACAAUUUCCUGCCAACUGAAGCAGCAAACGCACUUUUGGAGGAACUACUAGACGAGUCAAAGUAUUUCCAGCGGUACGACUUCCAGGUUUUCAAUCGCACCGUGCAAAGUCCUCACACACAUGCUGUGUACGUCUCCACGCCCGAGGAACACCGUCAACAAACCUCGGAAUACACCUACGGCGGAACAUAUCGGUCAAAUGUACGACAAGCCACGCCAAAGCUCCGCUCAGUGUCACGACAGGUACAAACAGUUGUCAACGAAGAGAUCCAGAAACGAAUACGAGACGUCUAUCCAGGCGGGAACAAAUUACAAUACCAAUCAUCGAAGGAGUGGAAACCAAAUGCAGCGUUUGUGAAUUGCUACGAUGGGCCAACGGAGAGCGUGGGCUAUCACUCAGAUGAACUCACCUAUCUCGGACCACACCCGGUGAUAGGAAGCCUAAGCCUAGGCGUCGCCCGUGAGUUCCGGGUACGGCGGAUAGUAGCCCAAGGAGAAGAAGAGGCCAACAGAGAAGCAAAUGAGGACAAAGACACGAGUCCAUCUUCAAAGUCCACAGAGAGCCAGGAAGCAUCGGCUGCACGUGCAGAUGCCCAAGGCCAGAUUUCUAUUCAUCUUCCCCAUAACUCGCUUCUCAUCAUGCACGCAGAGAUGCAAGAAGAAUGGAAGCAUUCUAUCGCUCCUGCUCAAACCAUCUCCCCACAUCCCAUUUCCGGGAACCGUCGCAUCAAUAUUACAUAUCGCUGGUAUCGGGAUACCCUGCACCCACGGUAUACCCCACGCUGCCGAUGUGGCCAGCACGCAAUCCUUCGAUGUUCACAACGCAAGCAAGAAACACGGGGCCGGUAUAUGUGGAUGUGCUAUGCGGGGUUUGCACCAGGAAAAGAAGGUUGCACAUUCUUCCAGUGGGCCGAAUUUGAUGACGAUGGGAACCCGGUGUGGGAUAAGAAAAGGAUUGAGGAUGAUGCGCCUACACUAGCGAAUUUCUCGGCAUCUCAAUAA